UUUGGUUCUGUUUCUAGACCUGUUUACUUUCCCCAAGGUAAAGCAUCCAACCAGAACCUGGCUGGUGCCCAUUACUGUGGCCAAUCGCACUUUUGGUUGAGCUCAAGCAAAUCAAACCCCUUCCCAAUCCUCUCUCCGUGCCCGCCCUUUCUUUUUGGGUCAUCGGUGAACUCCCACCCCCGCCGUUAGUCACACGCUGGCUCUGUCAUAAACCCCCAAUGUCCUUUUGAUUUUCCUUCUCUUUUUGUAACCUAACUGAUUUCCUUUUCCCCAAAUCAGAAUAUCUUUCAAAAUGCCUAUUGCCAAGGUUCACGCCCGUUCCGUGUACGACUCUCGCGGUAACCCUACCGUUGAGGUCGACAUUGUCACCGAGACCGGCCUUCACCGUGCCAUUGUCCCCUCCGGUGCCUCCACUGGCCAGCACGAAGCUGUUGAGCUCCGUGAUGGUGACAAGACCAAGUGGGGUGGCAAGGGUGUCCUCAAGGCCGUGAAGAACGUCAACGAGGUCAUUGGCCCCGCCCUCAUCAAGGAGAACAUUGACGUCAAGGACCAGGCCAAGGUCGAUGAGUUCCUUAACAAGCUUGAUGGUACCCCCAACAAGGCCACCCUUGGUGCCAACGCCAUCCUCGGUGUCUCUCUGGCCGUUGCCAAGGCUGCUGCCGCUGAGAAGGGCGUGCCCCUUUACGUCCACGUCUCCGACCUUGCCGGAACCAAGAAGCCCUUCGUCCUCCCCGUCCCCUUCCAGAACGUCCUGAACGGUGGUUCCCACGCCGGUGGCCGUCUGGCCUUCCAGGAGUUCAUGAUCGUCCCUGACUCCGCUCCUAGCUUCACCGAGGCUCUCCGCCAGGGUGCUGAGGUCUACCAGAAGCUCAAGGCUCUUGCUAAGAAGAAGUACGGCCAGUCUGCUGGCAACGUUGGUGACGAGGGUGGUGUUGCUCCCGAUAUUCAGACCGCCGAGGAGGCUCUCGACCUGAUCACCGAGGCUAUCGAGCAGGCCGGCUACACCGGCAAGAUGAACAUUGCCAUGGACGUUGCCUCCAGCGAGUUCUACAAGGUCGACGCCAAGAAGUACGACCUUGACUUCAAGAACCCCGACAGUGACCCCACCAAGUGGCUCACCUACGAGCAGCUGGCCGACCUUUACAAGUCCCUGGCUACCAAGUACCCCAUUGUCAGCAUUGAGGACCCCUUCGCUGAGGAUGACUGGGAGGCCUGGAGCUACUUCUACAAGACCUCCGACUUCCAGAUUGUCGGUGAUGAUCUGACUGUCACCAACCCCCAGCGCAUCAAGAAGGCCAUCGAGCUCAAGUCUUGCAACGCCCUCCUGCUCAAGGUCAACCAGAUCGGUACCCUGACUGAGUCUAUCCAGGCCGCCAAGGACUCCUACGCCGAUGGCUGGGGUGUCAUGGUCUCCCACCGCUCCGGUGAGACCGAGGAUGUCACCAUCGCCGACAUUGCUGUCGGUCUCCGCGCCGGCCAGAUCAAGACCGGUGCCCCUGCCCGUUCCGAGCGUCUCGCUAAGCUCAACCAGAUCCUCCGUAUUGAGGAGGAGCUUGGUGACAACGCCGUCUACGCUGGCAAGAACUUCCGCACUUCGGUCAACCUGUAAAUGCAGCCAUAUUGUGACUGCAACUUAAGUGAGGGAAAAACGACUGGCGAAAAAUUGUGAUGGCCUAGUACCCCGUGGCGAAAUGCCAUCUGUUAUGAUUAUGAAUUUAAUAAGAUCUUCUGAAUGAAAGAUACAUCCGAAG